CUCUCCUAUGCUGAAAGAAGAAAUCCAGGUGAAGAAAAACAUGCCUUUGUUUAGUAAAUCGCACAAAAAUCCUGCUGAGAUUGUGAAAAUUCUGAAAGAAAACAUGGCCAUAUUGGAAAAACAAGAAAAAAAAACAGACAAGGCAUCAGAAGAAGUGUCAAAAUCCCUGCAAGCAAUGAAGGAAAUUCUGUGUGGCACCACAGACAAGGAGCCACCCACAGAAAUAGUGGCUCAGCUGGCACAAGAACUGUACAACAGUGGCCUUCUAGUGACGCUUAUUGCCAACUUGCAGCUGAUAGAUUUUGAGGGCAAAAAGGACGUUUCCCAGAUAUUUAACAACAUCUUGAGAAGACAAAUUGGCACGCGCAGCCCUACUGUGGAAUACAUUAGUGCCCAUCCACACAUCCUAUUCAUGCUUCUAAAAGGGUAUGAAACCCCACUUAUUGCCUUACGCUGUGGAAUUAUGCUAAGAGAGUGUAUCCGACAUGAACCACUGGCCAAAAUCAUACUUUUCUCAGAACAGUUCAGAGACUUUUUCAAAUAUGUGGAAAUGUCAACUUUUGAUAUAGCUUCUGAUGCCUUUGCUACAUUCAAGGACUUGCUAACAAGACACAAAUUAUUGGUAGCAGAUUUCCUGGAACAAAAUUAUGAUACAAUCUUUGAGGAUUACGAAAAGCUCCUUCAUUCUGAGAAUUAUGUGACAAAGAGACAAUCUUUGAAGCUGCUGGGUGAAUUGAUUCUGGACCGGCACAACUUUGUCAUCAUGACAAAAUACAUCAGCAAGCCAGAGAAUCUGAAGCUGAUGAUGAACUUGCUGCGAGAUAAAAGCCCCAACAUCCAGUUUGAAGCAUUCCAUGUAUUCAAGGUUUUUGUGGCCAGUCCAAACAAGACGCAGCCGAUCGUGGAGAUCCUGUUGAAAAACCAACCCAAGCUGAUCGAGUUCCUGAGCAAUUUCCAGAAAGAGAGGACGGACGACGAACAAUUCACCGAUGAGAAGAACUACUUGAUAAAGCAAAUCCGAGACUUGAAAAAGCCGACGGCGUGAAGACCUUCCUCUCCUUUCCCACUGUAGGCAUUAAGCUCAUUUGUUAGGUUCCUCCACGUCCCUUAAACACCACCAUAGUGCUCAAGGAGGCACAGCAAGUGCCUGGUUUUUAUUUUGUCUUCGUUCCUAGGUGUCGAGAGUAUAGAAGGUUUUACAUGAAAACUAAAAAAAAUCUAGAAUAAUAUAUUAUUUUUAAUCAUGGCUAUUUAUGUCAGUUUAGACUCUCUUUGUACGAUAGAAGCUGCUCUGACAGAUUUUCGUUUGUGCUCAAGGAGCGUGAACCUCUUCGCUUAACUUUAUCUGAAAGCCUGAGCUGUUGGUGAGUGCCCAAAGCAGGCCCUGGAGGACGGUGCCGCGUUUCCUUCACCCGGGUUUCCUUUGCCUGUGCUGUAGUGCCGCACGCGCACCAGACUGUGAAAGGGUCCGUUCGGCUCUGGAGUUAGCUGCACUUACAGGCUGGGGUCUUUAGUCAAAACAGCAGGAGAUUAAAAGCAGUAAAGGUCACGUUUUCGCUUUAUUUUUUUUGCCUUCUUUCAUCUGCAAGUUGUCUCUUACCCCAGCGCAGAGGUUUGCUGUUCAGCCCGUGCCAGGGAAGCGGCCGACGGCGUUGGCUGGCUCGUGCCCCGGCGGGAAGGGGGCACCCUGCCAUCCCCAGCAGAGCCGUGGUGGAGCUGAGCUCGGCCAGCGGAUGCCGCGAGCGGUGACGCCGGCUUUGCAGCCGCUCAGAUUUUCUUCCCUCAAACCUGCCUGCGCGGGGAGUGCUUCACCCACGUGUUUGCCUGAAGGUCGGGCCCCGGAGCAGAAACGGCCUCAAGCCUGAGCUGCUGAGUGGCCCUGGCUCCCGGAGGCGUUUGGGAGCCGCGGGUGCUCAGCGCCUCUUGAGGCUGAGAGCUUUUACUGGUACCUCGAUGCGGUUUGGGAGGCGGCGGGGCAGCUCCAGUCUCCAGCGGUGCCCUUCGCCCGGCCUUCCCCAUCCCUGCUCAUUCGGACACGAAUUUGGGUUCUGUGCUGGAGUUUCACCAGGAGAAAUCAUUGCACUGUAAUAUUUAAGCUUAGUAAGUCCUGUGGUCCCAAAAGUGUUUCCCAGGUGUCCUUGAAGAGUUUUUUUUUUGGGGGGGGUCUUUUGUUUUCUAAUGGGAAAUGAAAGUGUUACUCUGAUGCUUUGUUAGGAUGUGGAGCCUGAGAGCGGGGAGUGGGAGUUUCUUGACUUUGUUUUCUCAAUAGCCGAAGUUGAGAGUUUUCCUGUUUGUUGUAAGACGUUUAGUUCUCUAGCUAAAACUGUAGCUACUGCUUCAAGAAAAAAGGUGAAACUGAGCUGUAAAAACAGAAGACGACUUUUUCCUUCAUAAAACUGUUGUAUAUUAAGACGACUGAUACUUUAAUUUAUGUGUGUUAGAAAAGGGAUGAAACCGAGCAGACUGUGGGCUCAUGGUUUGUUUUCAGAUGUCAGGUAUAUACAAAAAAUGUACAUCUUAGUUGCCUGGAACUAAAAAAAAAAAAAAAAAAAAAAAAUUUACAAGCUAUUAAAGGCAUGAUAACUGAUCGCUCUUUA